GCUUGCCAAUACAUGCUAGUGUAAGAUUAAACGAUAUGAGCUAGCUAAUGAUAGCUUGCUAGCUUGUCAGUUAUCGUAACGUUAGCUCAGAUUGCUACUUUUAAAAAGUGAUCUUUUAGCAACUAAGCUGAUUACCCGCCCUGCUAGUCAAUGUCAAUUAGCUAGUUAGCUCGUUUUGCCGCAAGUUGUAUCAUGCAUUUUAGUUAGUAUCGCUACCACGGUAGUGUUGGGAGUUCUGUCUUCAACGAUGUUGUGUGGUUGGAAUGGCAUAAAAUCAAAUUCGAUAGGCAUAACGUUAAGUUAUCUAGUUAGUCAUGGUAAGAACCACCUCUUAGAUAUCGGAUCUCAUAGCAACAUGACCUAAGUUAUGUCCUUUCUGUUUAGAGGAAACCACUCACUGUAACAAACUGUGAAUACCAUAACACGUGCAAUUUACUGUUAAGUUGAGUAAUGUUUUUUUAAAGAAAAUCACAAAAGAAGACACUUGGAGAACAGACGAACUAAAGAAACACAUGCGGGUAAUGUGAUGAGCUAUGCACUGGGCUUGAUUUGUGAAAUAUUACCUGUGUGUUUUGUGAUGUUAUCGAUAAAACCCCACUUAUUGUUAAUACCAGGGAUAUGAGGAAGAUAUCAAGAGAGGAGAGAAAAUGCGACGCAGUGAGGAUGAAAGGAGACACAGGAGUGGAGCAUCUGUGGACCGUCGACAAAGAGACCAUGAACGAGAAGAGACAAGAGACAAAGAGAAACUUAAAGAGAGAGAACAAAAAGAGCGUACAAAACAUAGAGAACUGGAGAGGUACAGAGAUAUGGACAGAAGAAGAGAGGACCCCAGAGAGAAAGCGAAUGGGAGAAAUGAACGAGAAAGAGAACAACGAAAGGAUCGAGAGAAGGACAAAGGGGUAGACAUUAAUAGUAGAGAUAAGAGACAUGAUAGAGUAGAGAAGGAGACUAGAGAUAAAGAAAAGGAGCGAGAGAAAUAUAAGGAAGUAAUGUCAGAGAGGGAAAAAGAGAGGGAGAGGGACAAAAGAAGAGCAGAGAGAGAAAGGGAACGAAGGAGUGAAAGAGACAUGGCAGGAGAUGUUACUAGAGCGAGAUUACAGGAUGGAGAGAUAGAAACAGAGCGCGAUAGGAGAGAGAGAAACAGAUCCAGGGACCACAUGAAAGAGAGUGUGCACAGAGAGGGGAAGGAAAGAAACAGAGAAAGAGAAAGAAGAGAACGGCAUGGUGACCAUGAGCUCUCUGGAUACAAAGAAGGCCGAGAACAGAGAGAACACAGAAUGGAGAAAGAGGUGGGAGAAAAAAGACGAAAAGAGAGAGAGCACCGUGGUGCCAGUGAGAUGCGAAAUUCAGAACGGGAGCGACGCCACCGUGACCACGGGGGUUCCGAGGGACGUAUUCAUGGUGAGAGGGACCGAGACCGGGAGAGAGCGAGGGAGGAACCAGAGAAGAGACACAGGGAAGAGUCAGAACAGAUGAAGAGGGGAACAACAUCUAGUCAUAAGGACAAAGACAACAGAAAAGAUAGAAAGGAUCAAAUGGUGGUGAAAUCCCAGUCAACCUGGAGAUCUAGUCAGGGGGACUUUAAUGACCCAGAUAUUCCUGUUGAAAAUGAAGAUACAGAAAAGCCACCGAGUGGGGACUAUGAGGAGGUGGAUUAUGAGGAAGAUUUUGAGAAAAUGGAUUAUGAAGAGGAUUUUGAGGAUGCUGAUGAAGAUGAACAUGCUUCAGGAGAGGAAAAGCAAGACGAUAAAGAAGACGACCUAAGCCCACAGAGGAGAGAGGAGAUCAGAGCCAUCCAGAGGGCCAUGGAUGAGGAAAAUGAACGAGCGGGAUCCUCCCAGUCACGACCCAGGACUGAGGAGAGCUUGACACCCAGGACCGACACUGAAACUCAGCCACCCCGAGGUCGUCAGCACAGAGGAGUCAUAGACUUUGUUUCAGCAAAGCGUCGGGAAGUCAGCAAGAAGGUGUCUAGCAGACAGAAGAAGCGCAGUGCUGAACUGCUUCGGAUGAUUGAUCUGGACUUCUCCAUCACCUUCUCCGUCCUCGACCUGCCCCCUGUCAAUGAGUACGACAUGUACAUCAAAAGCUUUGGGACCACAAACACCAAACAGGCCUAUGUCCAAUGUAAUGAAGAGAACACAGACAGAGAGGUACAGACGGAGGAGACAGACACGAGUGACAAGUGGACACAGCAUCCAGCUGAAACCAGCAUAUCGUGUGGAGGACCUGACCAGUCCCAGGACGCCGUGGUUGACGUCACCCUCAGGACGAAUUUCGACUCCCGGCGCCUGGUGUCUUUUUUGCGCUCUGCGACACAGGUGAUGUCGGUGCUUCUGGAGGAGGACCGGGCAGAAAGACACGCUCUGACCAGGUUCAAGUCCCAGUCGGACUCCCUGUCCUUCAGCGACGGCUGCCUGCAGCUUAACACCAGGUUGCCCUUCCUGCACGGUCGGCAGGUCAGCCACCUCCACUUCUCCGAUGCACAGCGGCAGACCCUCCUCUCUGUCCAUGCCCCAUCCACCAAACCCAGCGCCGUGCGCCUGGACUCCCAGAGCAUCAUCUGCGUGUGGAACAUCUGGGAGCCGUCCAGGCCUCAAAAGACCCUGGUCUACGAGUCAGAGGUUUGCUGCUGUUGUUUCAGUCCAGGGAAGGCCACACUGGUGUUUGCUGGUACCUCUGUGGGCUCCGUGGUGCUAUGGGACCUGAGGGAGCCCUCCAGCAGCCACUACAGCCUGAAGAUAGGAGAGAGUGACUGGAUUCUGCGCUACCCCACCUUUUCCACUGAUGCUGUGCUCUCAGUGUCUGGCCACCUGUCUACUGUGCGGGCCGUGGAGCCUGUCACCGUUCCUGUGUCUGAGGGACUCAGACCAGAGCUCCCCCUGCUGGUAAACCAGGAAGAAUCGUUGGGAUUGUCCUUUCUGUUAGCCUCACUUGAUGAGAAAGGGGUGCUUAAUCUCUGGGUUGUUGUAGAGCUUCCCAAAUCCAGUGACGCUGGAUCACAGACCGAUCUGGGGUUGCGGCCUGGUGGGAAGGUGAAACUGCUCCACAGCUCCACUCUGCAGACAUGUGACUCAAGGUCUUCCCCUCAUGAUGUCACUCACCCAGGACCACUGCAGGCCCUGUUAUUGAAGUUCCUCCCCUCUGACUCCAGCCACUACUUCAUAGGCACAAACAUGGGUGUAGUAAACCAUGGGACCAGGCAUGGCCUCAAGGCCCCUCCUAAGUUCUACAGUCCUCAGGUGGCUGGCUUUAGGCCUGUGCAGAUCAGCUCUCUGGAGUUCUGCUCCAAUGGACAGCCCCACUUCUUGGUGGGCUGUGGUGAUGGCAGUGUACGGCUACACUCAAUACAGAGUGAGCAGCCUCUGUUGGAGUGGUCUGGCAGCACCGGUGGGGAAGCGGUCGUCUCGGUCCAGUGGGCUCUGACCCGGCCUGCUGUUUUCUGUGUUCUGGACGCAGCGUCCUGUCUGCACCUCUGGAACCUCGUGGAAGACCAACAGCGCCCUGUCCUCACAGAGAGAAUUGAUGUGGACAGUGUGACCACCAUGGCUGUGUUUGGAGACCCUGCCACACAGAACAUGUACUCUGGCAUAGCGCUGGCAAAGCAUUCUGGGAGGAUUGAGAUUCAUUAUUUCAGGAAGCGGUUCACUGUGCCUACCCUUGCAGACAGCGAGAAGCUGGACAGCCUAAUGCGUGACGCUUUGUAAACCGAGUGCCUGAGCUCACCAGUCUGGCCUACAGAGUGACUAUACACAUGAUCUUGAUUCUCAAUAGUUUGGCACAAGGAGGUCAGAGAACGCACUAGUUCUCCACUUAUUUUUGUAAACAAUUGACAGAGCUGUGUAGAACCAUAUCAUGGCUUAUAUUUAGUACAGAAUUGUAUUUAUUGCUUUAGAUGUCACAUUUGUGAUAACACUCUUGAAGUGCCGCAGUGGCACAUACUUCUGCACUUGCCAUACGAAUUUAUUGGAAAUCAUCCAGUCAACAGUAAGUAAUUAGCAUUUGCUAAUAGAGAUUUUUAUGACCCAGUGACAGCGUAGUUCAUUGGAAAUAUACAACAAAAAAAUCCAAAGAGUUUGAGAAUGGAACUUCGAUUCACCUCAGGGAAGAAAUGAUCUUGUUCCAUUACUUUAAAGCUGAAUUUCUUUUAUUGGUUUUAAAAAUAAUUUUGUAAAUAGUAUUGUAGACUAUAUGUGCUGAUUGUAUUGGGUCCAAAACAUUAAAAAAAUGUCUUUGUAAUAAAGACUGGGUAUGUGAAUUAUUAUCUCUCCUGUUAAAUAUUAUUUCACUUUUUAUUUACCUUAUACCUUAUUUUUCAACUGCUCUUGUUGGAUAUUUAAAACAUGCCUUUCUAAUUAAGUUGCAUGCUAAAAAAGAGCAAGUAAACCUUCACCAGAGAGAACCUUCAAUGCUCACCGAAUGCCUUUUCUGAGCGACUAGUAUCCUAGCAACGAAUUGUAGUCGCCGGUGGAUUUAUAAAAUUAAGCAAUAUAGUACGAGUGCGAGUGGGGUAGG